GCGAGCCCCGCCGCGGCCGAGGGCCAGGGCCCGCGCGCCUCCGUGGUGUCGGCGACGCGGCGGGAGUGGCUGUGCCUGCAGCUGCCGGCCGCCGCCGGCGAGAAGGGCACGAAGGGCGAGGCUCGGGAGCCUCGAGACGGGGGUCAAUGCAGACGGGGGUCGGCCACGGCACCGGAUCCUGCAGGAUCCUGCGAAAACCCCCUCUGGCUGACCUGGGUCAGC